AUGGCUCGCCUUUGUCGCUCGUUUUGUUUCGGCUUCCUCCUCUCUGCGUCUCUCCUUCUCGAUCAGGCGCUCGCGGCAUCCAACUGGCCGUUUUGGAGCUACGUAACCGCGCCGUUUGAACCUCCGAAAUUGAACAUCUUCACUGCUGCUGGCUCAACUCCCGAUCCCGGCUAUUUCUUCAUCGGGCCAAGAGCGGAUGGCGUCAAUGGUACGGCCGCGAUGAUUUUUGACCAGGCAGGCAACCUGGUUUAUCAGGGCCCGGAUGAAGUGACUGCCAAUGUCAAUGUUCAGACGCUGUUUGGCAAGCCCGUGCUCACCUACUGGGCUGGAACCAUGUUCUCCCUCGGGUAUGGAUACGGCCAGGUUCACAUCUUGGAUGACACCUAUAAAGAAAUCUACACCGUCUCCCUGCAGGUCCCCUUUGUGACGCCAAAUGGUACUACCGAAGCAUCCUAUAUUGAUUUGCAUGAGAGCAAGAUCACGGACCGCAAUACCAUGCUUGUCACUGCCUACAAUGUCACCCAGGCGAAUCUGACCGCUGUGGGAGGCCCGGCUGAUGGCUGGAUGCUCGCGGCCCAUUUCUACGAGAUUGACAUUGCCACCAAUCAAGUAGUUUUCUCCUGGAGUGCUCUCGACCACCAGGAUCAGAUUCCCUUGACCAUGUCCCACCAAGCGAUCGGAACAACAGGCCAGAGUCAGAGCGACCCGUGGGAUGCAUAUCACAUCAACUCCAUUGAGGCAGUCGAGGACGGGUAUCUUGUGUCGUUGCGUCAUCUGUGGUCAGGCUUCUAUCUCUACAAGAAUGGAACGGUUAAAUGGCAACUCAGCGGUGAUACUGGUGCCGAUUUUGAUCUUGGACCGGGCUGCAAUUUCUCCUGGCAACAUCACAUGCGGGUGCACAACGAGCAGUCUGACGGUCUGACUCUGUCACUGUUCAACAACGCAGGUGCCAACCCGGAUGCCCAGCAGCCGCCCACGACCGGUCUUGUGCUGAACGUCGACCUUGCCAACAUGUCCGUGACCAAUUUCCGGACGCUGGUUGACUACGGCGACCCGAUCUACUCUAGCAGCCAGGGAGACACGCAGUUACUGGACGGCACCACGACUGGUCAUGUUUUUAUGGGCUACGGCGCCAAUCCCGUGCUCCGAGAGUACGACUCGAAUGGAUACGUCAUCCAGUCGGCAACAUGGGGGCCGAACAAUGCAUUCGCCUCGUACCGCGGCUUCAAAUACGAGUGGCACGCCACGCCAUUCUGGGACCCGGCUGUCGUUGUCACCAACUCUUCGGAUGGAGUCGACGUGUAUAUGAGCUGGAACGGCGCGACCGAUUAUGACACCUGGGACGUCUAUGGUGGGCCAACGCAGACGCGGGCCAACGCGUCCCUGCUGACGACGGUGCCUCGGAAUGGCUUCGAGACGAAGGCGACGCUCACCGCACAGAAUGUGAGCUACGUUCAGGCCGUGGCACGAUCCGGAAACAAUGUCCUUCGAGCAUCGGCGGCGAUCCCGUUGUAA